GAGACUGACGUUAUUCCAUGCCGUCAUAUGACGCAUGACGCAUUAGUGAAAUCAAUCGAAAGAUAUAUAUAUUAGUGAAUAAGGCGUAUCCGGUGUUUUUUAGCGUUAUAUUUUGGAAAUAGUGGUUAAAAUUAAGAUAUUCCUAUAUAAUUUAUCGCACAAUUUUAGUUAAUUCAAUUAUAAUGGCCGCUCAGCCCAUAUACAACCCUGUAAUCCCAUGUGUCCACCCGAUCCCUGGUGGCUUGUUCCCCGGUCGCAUGAUAAGGUUCCAAGGGAGUGUACCGCCCGGCGCCCAACGAUUCGCGAUCAAUUUCCAAUGCGGUCCCAACACUGAUCCCCGGGACGACAUCGCCCUCCAUCUCAACUUCCGCUUCGUGGAGAUGUGCGUCGUUAGGAACCACUUGACGGCGAUGAGCUGGGGGGUGGAGGAGACCAACGGCGGCAUGCCUCUAGUGCGAGGGGAGGCUUUCGAGGCCCUGGUUCUGUGUGAGCCGCAGUCCAUCAAGGUCGCGCUGAAUGGGGUGCACUUCUGUGAGUUUCCGCAUCGUAUACCCUUCCAAAGGAUCAGCCACCUGACCGUGGACGGUGACGUCAUGCUGCAAUUCGUCGGCUUCGAGGGAGCCCAGCCAAGCCAGAUGUACAUGGCGGAACCUCCAUCAUAUGCCAGCUAUGGCGCUCCGCCCUCGUACGGCGCCCCCGGCUAUGGAGCACCCCAAGGUGGUUUCGGUGGAGCGGUACCCCCACAAUACGCGGGGGCCCAAACAGUACCCCAGUAUACUCAAGAGCGUCGUGGUAUGGGAACCGGGGCGGCCGUGGGAUUGGGCGUUGGGGCCCUGGCCGCUGGUGGGCUGGCGGGUUAUGCACUAGGCGGGGGCUUCAGCAGCAAUAGCCCUACCGAGGAGGUACAGACAUCUUCGUUCACUGAGAACGUAGACUUUGGCGGCGAUGACUGGAUGGAUUAAAGGCCUUAUAUAUACACACACACACACACACACACACACAUAUAUAUAUAUAUAUAUUUAUAUCGUCGGGGAUAGUGCAAAUCCGCGUAACUGACAUUGGAGAAUUCCGCGUAUCUGCCUUAGAAGCACAUUUUCAGAAUAUGGUCUAAACUGAAACAUUUUCUCGAUUAAUCACUAAAUAAUGACUCAACGUGAAAAAAAUACCUUACGCGUGAUUAAAUUAAGAAUAUUUUUUAAGUUUAUAACUUCCGUAAAACUAAUCUGAAAGCGGAUACGCGGAAUUAUCCAAUGCUAUGCUUACGCGGAUUUGGACUGCACCGACGAUAUGCGUGUGUGGCUGCGGAAGAAAUUCACAAAAUAUAUAAAUGUACAUUGAAUUCUUAUAAGAUUUAUAUGAAAAAAAAAAUAUAUACAACAUAUAAUUUAAGAUAAAUAAUUUUUAUUACAUAUAUAUAUAAAAAAAAAACUAGUUUGUUGACGCGUUUAAAAUAUUUAUGUCGUGACAGUUGUUUCGAAUAUAUGCCUUAUGAGCCUUCGCUGAAAGCCUUAGAUGUAUGAAUGUAAAUGAUAUAUAUAUGACACUAAACGCCGCCUUCAUCCCAAAUUAAACCGAGAAUCUCUCGUAUGUUCUCCAUCGUGACUGCAUACGGAGCGUUUCGCGUUUUCCGUUCAACAUCACGUUAGUGCUGUAAUGUGUUUAUGAAUAAAGACUUAACGCUCCGUAUGUAGUGUAUGCGAACACGUGAUAGGCAUAAAAAUCGUAUAAUACGCGAGAGCUCGAAACCAAAUGCUUCUAAUUUAUAAAAAUAUUUUAUAUAGCAACAAUUUUAAGUGUCGAAAUUUGUUAUACUGGAUUACUAUUGGUCGUUAUUAAACGUACCGACCAAUCAUAGCCCGAGAUUCAUUUUUGCACCAAACUGCUAUUGUUACCUAAAUUAUAAUUAUCUUAAAAACUACUAGCCUUUUUAAAGGCGUAUUUAAUUAUUUCCACCCGCAAUUUUAAAACGCUAUGUUUCUGCCUCGUGUACUGGCACAGCACAACCGCCAUGUUGGAUGGCAUUAAAAACAAUAUAGAAGAAAUAUAUUAUAAUAUAAGAUGUGUUGAUUUUUAAAA